AAAAAAAAGAAGUUAAACACUGGGAUAAGGAGAAGAUAUCUCUUUUUCUCUAUUCUUUCUCCUCACCUGCUCGCUAGCUACUGUUCACACUACUGCUCAUCCGUUUCAAUGGCAGGAGCCUCUUCGCUCCAUCAAGCGGCUGACCCCCUGAUCCUGGAGCUGGAACCUUUGGAUCUGGAUCUCCUCUCCAUCCAUCUGGAUUCCCUCCGCUCCCUCACUCUCCCGAAGCCGCUUCAAAACUUCAGAUUUCCCCACCAACCUUCCCUUCUUCUUCUUGAGGUAGUGGGAAGUCGGUUUGUUCCCGGGUUGUCUCCAGAUAACCGAGCUACUACUAUGGUCAACUUGGAAUCAUCUUCCACGACUAUGGAUAUAUCUCCUACUACAGUGUCUAUCCAGAUCUCUGGAAAAGGACUGGAUAAACUUCAGAUUCUCCCUUCAGCAAAGAUUAAAGAGAUAGACUUCAUCUCUGCUCAAUAUACUACCCUCUCAGCGAGGGCAAAAGGGGCUCCUCCUCCUCCUGCACUGCUCCUCAUGUGGUUACUUCUGAAUCUUCAAAAGCACUCCCUCAAGCUUCGGGACCUGAGAUUAUGUCUAACCCAUUCUCCAAACCAUCAAAGAUUUCUCCUUCCGUACCUGUUACGGUUUCUCUUCCUGUUGACUAUGUUAUUCCUCAUGUUCCAGCAGGUUCAGGGCAAGAGAAUCCCUCAGUGGACGCGAGCUCACAUAAUCCCCCAAACAGAGACCCUCAAACUAGCGGGAAUUCUUCGAAGCCUCCUCCUUAGGACAUGACCUAUGCUGGCAAAUCUAAGAUGGGAACUGAUAGAUCCUUGAAAAGACUAGCUCCAUUGGUUUUCUCUCCCGAAGGGAUCCCUCAAGUUAAAAUCCCAGACGAGGUUUUCAACCGAGGAGCUGAAUAGGAGUCUUCACUGGAAAAACUCCCUCCUAUAGCCAAUUUCAAAGCGUUUUAUCUCAUAUCUGGGGAAAAGGCACCAAACUGGUCAUUCAUCUGAGGCCUCAAACUCACUCUAUGCUAGUAAAAAUCCCAAAUGAAUUCAUUCGCCAGAAGUUAGUAGAACAAGAGAUAUGGCAUAUUGGGACUUCUAUGUUCUAUGUUGCACAAUGGAGUGCUCAGCUUGCCAUAACUCCCCCCCACGAUGGACUCCAUCCCUCUUUGGGCUCAUGUUCGAGGUGUUCCCUUUGACCAUCACUUGUAACCUCUUGUAAUCCCUUUGUUCUAGUGGAUUCCGAGCAUAGUCUCGGCGAGAUGUAGCGACCCUCGUUAAUGGGCGUUAACUCGUUAAAUAUCUGUGUGUUCUCCUUCUCUUAACUCUCACACUCUCUUAUCCAAAGCUCUCUCUGUUUCAUUCAUCUCAACAUAAAUCUGUUCUGUAUCUUUAAGUUAACACAACUAGAGUCUUGUCUGUUGAAGGAAAUCUUAACAAACAUAUUUCCA